AUGGACUACAUACAACGACUGUUACAUCUCAGAGGAGCCCAAGAGUUUCAACCAAUUCCUGGCUCUUUCCCAGAGGGUCAAGGUGAACAGCCUCGUACCACGAAUGGUGAGAGAACGCAGCUUCAAAAGAUAGCAAAAUAUUGCCUAGGAAUCCCAUUGCUGUUACUCUAUUACAUUCUGGCUGCAAUUAUCUCGCUUUUACACGUACUGCGACCUCUGAAAAAGCUCUGGGCAUUCUAUGAUCGGAAGAAUAAGUCUCUCAACCACGAAGAUGCAUUGUCAGCUCUUCUGGACAAUCUGUCUAUGGAACAUAGCUCUUCCUUAGCCAGAAACUCCCCAGAAGAAUCAAGACUAGAAAAUUCAUUCAGUUUCGCUUCCAUAUACAACACUGAAGGUGGAACGCUGACAUCGUUUCUUCAACCAAGCUAUGCCAAACUACUGCAUUCUAUCUCGGAACAAGGCAAAUUCGGCAUCGUCUAUCUUCAUGAUCCGCUCAUUGACGAUUGUGGGCAAUUCUUGGGGCCUUUAUGCACCGAGAAAUUUGUGAACAUGGCUCGUAAAUAUCAAAGCUUACUAUGGAUGGGAGAUAUCACCAACUCAGAAGCUUUGCAGGUUGCAAACAGUUUUAAAGUUAGGCAGUUGCCAUAUAUUGGGCUCCUGGCGCCAAAAAGUGGUCAUAAGAUACAACUCAUUGAUACAGUCGAGGGUGGUCGUCUGGAGCAAGCCCUUAAUUCUCUUGAGAGCACAAUGGCCAAACACUAUCCUAAUCUUAUCAAGUUGCGCCAAGAGCAACAGAACAUUGAGUUGGAAAGACUCGUGCGCGAACAGCAAGAUGCCAGAUUCCAGGAAUCGCUGAGGCAGGAUCAGGAGCGCGAUCGGCGCAGGGAAGCCGAGGAAGCAAUGCAAAUGAGGCAGCAGCGCGAGGAUGAACUAAAGCAACGAUGGCUUUUAUGGCGCAAAUCUGUACUCGUGGACGAGCCUCCCAAGUUGGAGGGCGCGUGCAAAGUAGCUAUUCGUAUUGCGGACCAGGGACGUGUCAUUCGAAAGUUCAACGCCGAUCUUCCAAUUGAGGAGAUAUAUGCAUUUGUGGAGCUGUCCCGUUUGGGACUGCUUGGCAGUGCCGGAGAUAGUUCUAGCUCCUAUAUCAGGCCGCAUGAUUACGAAUACAAGUAUCCAUUUAAGCUAAUAACACCUGUACCGCGAGUAGACCUCGACCCACAGACAGUCAUCAGAAAUGUGGACGCCAUAUACCCAUCGGGAAACAUCGUUAUGGAGUUUAUUACUGCAGAUUGA